UUCAUGGAAAAUAAUGGCGUCUCUAUAAAUGUGGAGCUCUUUGUCACCACCUCCCGCACCACCACUGUCAGUGUCACAGUGGAUUCCCCCAAAUGUAGUAACCCCAGCAUCUCCGAGUCUUUCACUGUGACUGCGGGACAAGUCAAACAGCUGUUCUUAAAUCCCAACAUCAGAAUGGCGGGAUCCACCAAGUCCAGUAAAGGCGUCAGGGUCAGAGCCUCGGACGAAGUGGUCAUUUACGGAGUCAACAAGGAGCGCUACUCCUGCGACGGUUUCGUCGGUCUGCCACUUGAUGUACUGUCCGACGAGUACUACCUGGUCACGUGGUACCCUCCUGUUUACCAAUGCGAAUUGUUAAUAGUAGGUGUUGAGGACUCCACUUCCGUUAGUAUUACAGUAAGUCAACAUAUUGGAAGUACCUACAUUAAUUAUGGUGGAAGAAAAUACUAUAAAGGAAACGUGGUGUCUGAAACUCUUAACAAAUACGACACCUGGCAGUUGACCAGCAGUGGCGACCUCACCGGAAGUUAUGUUACAUCAAGCAAGCCCGUGUCCGUCUUCGCUGGAAACAAAAAGACCAGGAUUGGCUCUGGUGGGUCUUCUGAUCACUUAGUUGAACAGAUGUUUCCUGUCAACACGUGGGGAAAAACCUUUGCUACAGUUCCCAUCCCCAAGCGAACCGUUGGAGAUUAUUUUAAGUUUAUAGCCAGCGAGAGCAACACAAGGGUGACGAUCUCUGGUGGAUACAGUUCAACAUUCACAAUAAGUAAUGCCGGAUACAUGGUCCAGAAACUGAUCUCUUCCUCUGCUUAUUGUAAAAUUGAAGCUGACAAACCCAUCAUGGUGGUCCAGUUCGUUCAAUCUCAGCGGAGCUCCUCGGAGAAAUCCGACCCUGCCAUGUUGAUUAUCCCCCCUGUUGAACAGUACGGUGCCGAUUACACUUUCACUACUCCCAAAUACUCUCUCGGAUCCUACAACAAUUACUUCAUGUUUAUCGUCGAAGAGAGCAAAGCAUCUGGAUUACGAAUCAACGGACAAGCUUUUCCAUCGAACACUAACUACAACAAAAUUUCAGGCACUUCUCUGGUCGGUGGAUAUAUAUCUAUCUCGGAGGGAACCCACACCGUCAGACACACCUCUCCAAUCGCCAUUUUUGGAGGUUUCCUUUAUGGGCAGGCUAAUUAUGAGACCUAUGGAUUCACAACUGGUAUGCGAAUGGCCAAAGUCAACUCAGUUUGUAUUCCUACGGCAACAGUGACUGGGGACGGUGUAGAUAACGAUUGUGACGGCAAGAUUGACGAGGAACUGUGUACUCCGGAAAACCAAAACGCAGAUGAUGACGGCGAUGGACAGAUUAACGAAGACUGUGCUAAACCACCACCUAUUGACGGUAACUGGGCUAGUUGGACUUCAUACGGCGCAUGCUCAGUGACAUGUCAACCAACGUCUGGCUCGGUAUCUGGAACUCAAACCCGAACCCGAAGCUGUUCCAAUCCUGCCCCUGCUUAUGAUGGACAACAGUGUUCGGGUUCUGGUAGUCAAACUGUGUCUUGUACUCCAUCUACACCCUGCAGAGUGAAUGGAAACUGGGGAUCUUGGGGGUCAUAUGGCGCAUGCUCUGUGACUUGCGGAAGUGGCACAAAAUCCCGCUCAAGAUCCUGUAACAACCCUGCCCCGGCAGGAGGCGGAAACGACUGUGCAGGAAGUUCUACGUCAUCAGCCACAUGUACACUGAGUGCCUGUCCAAUCGAUGGUAACUGGGGAUCGUGGGGAUCCUAUGGAAGUUGUACGGUUUCUUGUGGCGGAGGAACACAAACCAGAAGUCGGUCCUGCUCUAACCCCGCCCCUCAGCAUGGCGGCAGAUCCUGUUCCGGAUCCCCCAGCUCGUCACAAAGCUGUAACACACAUAACUGCCCAAUUGAUGGAAAUUGGGCAUCAUGGGGAUCCUAUGGAUCCUGUUCCUUGACGUGUGGUGGAGGGACACAAUCACGAAGCAGAACCUGUACUAACCCCGCCCCACAGUAUCAAGGAAAGAGUUGUUCUGGAUCUAGCACCUCUUCUCAAAGCUGCAACACGCAUAACUGUCCAAUUGACGGUUUCUGGGCCGGCUGGGGAUCCUGGGCUACCUGUUCAGAGACGUGUGGAGGCGGAGUCCAAUCCCGAACACGAUCUUGUAGUAACCCCACUCCACAAUAUGGCGGAGCUUAUUGUUCAGGGUUUUCAUCCGACACUCAAACAUGCAACACACAUAAUUGUCCAAUUAAUGGAGCUUGGGGAUCGUGGGGCUCCUGGGGUACAUGUACCGUGACUUGUGGGGGAGGUUCACAGAUGCGUUCACGAAGCUGUUCUAAUCCCACCCCUCAGUAUGGCGGUCUGUCGUGCCCCGGAUCUUCGUCCUCCAGUCAGUCCUGUAACACUCAGAACUGUCCCAUUGAUGGUGGUUUCUCUAACUGGGGAUCCUGGGGCACCUGCACCGUAACUUGUGGCGGAGGAACACAAGUGCGCACGCGCAGCUGUUCAAAUCCAACUCCACAAUAUGGUGGUGCACCAUGUUCAGGGGCGACAAGUCAGAAUCAAAAUUGUAACACACAAGUCUGUAUCAUUGACGGUGCGUGGAGUAACUGGGGUCCAUGGGGAACCUGUUCUGUGUCAUGUGGUGGCGGGAAAUGGUCACGUGCUCGAACGUGUACCAAUCCCAAACCAGAAAAUGGCGGUAAAGAAUGUUCCGGCGAUUCCAGUGAUUUGAAUGAUUGCAACGCUGAAGCCUGUCCCACCUUCGCUGCUGGAGCAUAUGUACAGUUGUGCCCAAGCGGAUGGUUUACCUGCCGGUCAGGUGGGAUAACGUGUAUUGACAAAUCGUUCGUGUGUGACUGUUCAGCAGACUGUGACGACUUAAGUGACGAAACAACAACUUACGCCGGAUGUUCUGGUACCAUUCUUGGGCAGUGUGCUGCGGAAAAUAGUUCCUGCACCCUGCUGAUGUCGCCGUUAGCUAUUAUGACCAUGCUGUUGGCUUUGAUUUUAAAUGGAGACCAUUAA